AUGACUUCCCUAUUAUUACUAAAGUCUAUGUUGUUUGCUAAUGCUCUCCAAAAGACUAAGAAGAAGAAGAAAAGGAAAAUUAAGAAAAUUCAUCAAAUCAAGAAAAUCAACUUGAGCAUGUGUAGAAUUUGUAAUCAGGAAAGAGGAGACAUUCCUAUAUUUACGAAUUUUGUACAACCAAAUAUUCCUGAAGAAAUACAAAAUUUUUCGGGAGUUAUAUUAAGCAAAUCUGAUAAUUUAUCAAAACACAUGUGUCAAAACUGCUUGAAUCUAUUGAAUGGAUGUAUUAUGUUCAGAGAAAUGUGUCAGCAAACAAAUAAGAAGAUGAUUGAGCUAUCUAUAAAGCAAGAGUAUAACAUAGAUUAUCAAAAGUAUGAAGAGAACAGUGAAAUAAAGGGAGACAGUGAAGACUCAUUUAACAUUCCAUCACCGGCAUUUUCUGAUGACAACUCGGCGUUGUGGAGUUGUUCAUCUUGCAGCAAGGAGUUCCAUGAUAUGCCAUCGUACAACAGCCAUUUAAUCAAGUGUAGUACACAAACACCGGAAGUGCCAAAACCCCCUGAAGAAACAAAGAAAAAGUUUUUAUGUGACAUAUGUGGCAAAACAGCAUGUUCCAAUGCAAGCCUUUUAGUUCAUAUGGGUAUCCAUGAGAAUAUAUUUCCUUUUAAAUGCGACCAGUGUCCAUACCAGGGCAGAACAAUGGAUCUCUUGAAGGUACACAAAAGAUCUCAUAUGGUUGACAAGCCGUUCAAAUGCACACAGUGUCCGAAAGCGACGACGACUUCAAGCAAUCUGGCUAAACACAUGCGGCAUGUCCACAGUACUAAUAGACCAUUUAAGUGUAAUUACUGUGACAAGGCAUUCUCAUAUCAACACGACAUGAAAAGGCACAUAAAAGAUAUACAUCUGAGACAAGGCACAGUUGAAUGUGAUGUUUGUUAUAAGAAAUUUAAUACUAAGAAAAUAUUACAAGGACACAGAUGGAAAAUUCACAAGAUCAAGGGAGAAAGACAAGGUCGUCUGCCAUCUUAUUUGCAGUGCCAGAUGGAGGAACCCAAUGAAAAUAAUAUUAACGACUGUGAUCGCAAUUAUUAG